AUGUCCGUUGGAAAUAACCCAGCAGACACGCAAAGCGCAUCAACAUUUCACAUAUCGCACGGUAACUCUCCCGGGGAAGUUACUCAGCAGAAUACACAGCUUUCAGAAAUAAUAAUGAAUCGGUUAGAAUACAACCAUAGAAAGAAUCAUCUAGAUACACGUUAUAACCAUAGAAAGAGCCAUCUAGAUGCACGUUAUAACCAUAGAAAGAACCAUCUAGAUGCGCGUUACAAAUUCCGCAAAUUAAAAGCUCGUCGAAAUCCAACUCUAGGUGUACAAAGCUCUAAAAGACCUCAUAAAAUUAAUAAGAAUAUGGGACGAAAAUGCGAAAAAACUUUUGGUUAUACAACGGACUGA